GAACGUUUAUAAGGAUUACCGUCAGCUGGAGCUGGCCUGUGAGAGUCAGGAGGACAUUGAUGCUUGGAAGGCCUCGUUCCUUCGAGCCGGAGUUUAUCCUGAACGUGUCACGGACAAGGAAGGAAAGAGCGACGGCGGCGAAGACAGCAGCACUGACAACUUCAUGCACAGCAUGGAUCCUCAGCUGGAGCGGCAGGUGGAGACCAUUCGUAACCUGGUCGACUCCUACAUGGCCAUCGUCAACAAGACCGUCCGCGACCUGAUGCCCAAGACCAUCAUGCACCUCAUGAUUAACAAUUCGAAGGAGUUCAUCAACGCAGAGCUGCUGGCCCAGCUGUACUCGUGCGGCGACCAGAACACGCUGAUGGAGGAGUCUCAGGAACAGGCCCAGCACCGUGACGAGAUGCUGCGGAUGUACCACGCCCUGCGAGAGGCGCUCAGCAUCAUCGGCGACAUCAGCACGUCAACUGUAACCACCGCCAUGCCGCCGCCCGUGGAUGAUUCCUGGCUGCAGGUGCAGCGGGCCAACUCCGGAGGAAGGUCUCCGGCCACCAGUCCAACACCAAACCGCAGAGCUCCGCCGGGCCCCCCCGCCCGCCCCGGCUCUCGUGGGCCUCCACCCGGGCCUCCUCCUGCCGGGGGACCCCCUGUCCCGUCCCGGCCCGGAGCUUCUCCGGACCCCUACAGUGGGCCGCCACCUUCUGUGCCCUCCAGGCCUAACCGUGCACCCCCAAGUGUGCCCAGUCGGAGACCCCCGCCUUCUCCAACCCACUAGCCCUCCGAGCUCCUCCCUCCCCGCUCUGCCCGUCCCUCCUCUGGAUUGAGAGUCCACGGACAACAGCGCCACCUUCUUGUCGUUUUUCUGCCUCACUUGACCUCGGCCGGCUCCCUUCUCCUGCAUCUACUCCUCCCUUACAACAAGCUGUCUCUCUCUCUCUUUCUCUCUCUCUCUUUCUCUCUCUCUCUUUCUCUCCCCCUCCUCCCUCUGUUCCACACAGAGAUGCAGAAUACUUGAAAACACAGCUGCAUGACCGACACCCCAACUCCCUCAGUGUAGAGAAUAUGAAAUAUCUGAUAAGAAAAAAGUGUGUGCCCAUAUGCAUGCACAC